UCUCUCUCUCUCUACACUUCGCUGCCUUUCUUUAAUUAUUAUUUUAAAAAAAAGUUUAAUUUAGUUCCCCCUCCAUUGUUAAAUCGAUUAAAAAUUGUAAACCCUAAAGUUGUGAUCUUUGUGACUUUCUCUCUCUUUCUUUUUUGAGUGUGGGCUGCUGCUUUUUCUUGGUUUGUGGGUUGUGUUUUCUUUCAGCAUUGUGGGGUUUUAAUGGAGCCCUCUUGCUAGGUUUUUUUUUUUGCUGAGAAGAGGUAGCCAUUGUUCAAGAUCUGUGCUUUUUCAUUGACCCUUUACUGUUUUCCAGCUGUCUUUUUAAAAAAAAAAAGUUCAAUUUGAUGCUGAUCUGAAGCAUGAAUUUAUUUUCUCAAUUUAGCUAUAUGUGCUUCUGAAGUUGAAAAGGGUUGUGUUUGGAGAUCUCGAUGCAAUUAUGAACGAUGGUUUUUUAAUCGAGUAUUGAAGGAGCAGACGACGUUUUGCGAUUUGUGUAAUGGUUUUAUUCAUUCUCGUUAAUUUCCGAAGUCAACAUAAAUGAUGGCCUCGGAAAAGGGUUCCUCGGUGAAGCAGGCCAGAAGUUACAAAAUAGGUAAAUUAGACCCUGCUGCGAAAGAACUUCCCAGAAACGCCGAAAAUGCAAAAAUCACCGUAGAAGCUACAUCGGAAACGAAAUUACACAAUCACCCUCAAAAGGGACCGGUUAGUUCUUUGACAUGUAGAAUGGACUCGAGCUUACAUUUGGGCACCAAUUCCAAACAAUCCCCAACGUUCGAUCAAGAAAAGAAAGCAUCGGAUCAAGAAAAAAAUAGUGACGGAGCAAAUAGCGUCGCUAAAACUAGUGGCAGAGUAGAAUUAGUCGAGAGUGGAAAGAGCAGUUUGUGCAGGGGCAGCACGAGCACAGACAUUAGCGACGAAAGCAGCUGCAGUAGCUUUAGCAGCAGCGUUAACAAACCCCACAAAGCAAACGACGUAAGAUGGGAGGCAAUACAGACUGUCCGAACGAAAGACGGUGGAUUAGAUCUGAGGCACUUUCGGUUGCUAAAGAAAUUGGGAUGCGGAGAUAUUGGGAGCGUCUAUUUGUCGGAACUGUGCGGUACAAAGUGUUACUUUGCAAUGAAGGUUAUGGACAAGGCUUCUCUUGCUAGUCGGAAGAAACUCUUGCGGGCCCAAACGGAGAGAGAGAUAUUGCAGUGUCUGGAUCAUCCUUUUCUACCGACGUUGUAUUCUCAUUUUGAAACGGAGAAGUUUUCUUGUUUGGUAAUGGAAUUCUGCCCGGGGGGUGACUUGCAUUCGCUUCGGCAAAGGCAACCCGGGAAGUAUUUUUCCGAGCAAGCUGUUAAGUUUUACGUAGCGGAAGUACUUCUCUCUCUAGAAUACCUACACAUGCUCGGAAUAGUCUACCGCGACCUAAAACCCGAAAACGUCCUCGUUAGAGACGACGGCCACAUCAUGCUCUCCGAUUUCGACCUCUCCCUCCGCUGCUCCGUCAGCCCCACUCUAAUCAAGUCCUCCGAGGCUGACCCCACACGCACGAAAAACACAAACUCCGCCUACUGCGUGCAGCCGUCCUGCGUGGUCCCCACCUCAUGUGUGGGCCCCACCACAUGCUUCGCCCCCCGUUUCUUCUCGAGCAGCAAGUCCAAGAAAGACCGAAAUAAGACCAAGAACGAAACGGUCAACCAAGUGACCCCAUUGCCGGAGCUAAUGGCGGAGCCCACGGAUGCCCGUUCAAUGUCUUUCGUCGGGACCCACGAGUAUUUAGCACCCGAAAUAGUCAAGGGGGAGGGGCAUGGAAGUGCGGUUGACUGGUGGACUUUUGGGAUUUUUUUGUACGAGUUGUUGUUUGGGAAGACGCCGUUUAAGGGGUCGGGGAAUAGGGCGACGCUGUUCAACGUGGUGGGGCAGCCGCUCCGUUUUCCGGAAGCUCCGGUGGUUAGUUUUGCCGCCAGGGAUUUGAUAAGAGGGCUGCUGGUGAAAGAGCCGCAGCACAGGCUGGCGUACAAGCGUGGCGCAACGGAGGUGAAGCAGCACCCGUUUUUUGAGGGUGUCAAUUGGGCUCUGAUCAGGUGUGCCAGCCCGCCCGAUGUGCCUAGACCGGUUGACUUUGAGAGGAUCGCUGCUGUGGUGGUGCCGCCGGCGGAGAACGGUCUGAAAGUUGCUCCCCCUGCGCCGGUAGCAGCCGCGACUCCGCAGAAGUCUGAUAAUUAUUUGGAGUUUGAUUUCUUUUAGUGGUUUCUUGUUUUUUUUUUUUGUUAAAUUAAAUGAGAUAUGUGGAUUUUUCGGGAUGGAUAAGUAGAAAGGACCGAAACGAAGAUGGUGUAUGUGAGACAGUGUUAUGUGAUUUGUUGUAUUGCAGAUGUUGUAAUACUAUAUAUAUACUGUUGGUUAUGAAUCCAUGUACUUGUUUUGAUGCUUUUCUCA